CCAACCCGCAAGACCAACCCGCGUAGCCGUGGUGUAUCUCUGCGGCGCGAGUGCGCGCGCGUGCUGCUCGCCGAAAUUCCCGUCACCGCCGCACGGAGCAGGGAGAGGACGGAGAAGAGAUAUAUACAUAUAUCAUACACACACACACACACACACAUCAUUAUACACACAGAGCGCCGUUAACGCGCUCAGGACCGGAGGGAGCGCGCGCGCGUAUGGGGUGUCGGACACGGAGUUGAUCGACGGGAUUGAAGCUCCGCCGCCGCCGCGAGGAUGGAGCACAUCAGGACACCGAAGGUGGAGAACGUGCGUCUGAUGGACAGACGGGUGUCCCGGAGGUCCAGUGUAGGAACUCUGUACCUGUCCUCCACACACUCCAUCUUCGUGGAGAACUCGGACACACGCAGAGAGACUUGGCUCCUGCACAGUCUCAUCAGCACUGUGGAUCGCCCCCCGGCCACGCCCACAGGAAGUCCCCUCAUCCUGCGCUGUAAGAACUUCCAGAUGUUUCAGUUCCUGUUUCCAUUAGAGAGAGAGUGUGUGGAUGUCCAAGAGGCUCUUACACACCUGUCACGUCCAGAGCGUUAUGGAGAGCUCUUCUGCUUCUCUUACUUGCCCAGUGUGGUUAAAGAGGAGAGAGAGAAGGCUUGGAGUUUCCUGGAUCAGCGUUCCGAGUUUAUCCGGAUGGGAAUUCCCAGUAACCUGUGGCACGUGACUGCAGCUAACCACGAGUACAGAGUGUGUGACACGUACCCCUCGGAGCUGUUCGUACCCAAGUCUGCGUCUCCCGCCGUUAUCGUGGGCAGCGCCAAAUUCAGGAGCCGAGGACGACUUCCUGUCCUCUCCUACUUCCACAGGGACACCAGCGCUGCAGUGUGUCGCAGCAGUCAGCCUCUCUCCGGUUUCAGCACUCGUUCCCCAGAGGAUGAACAGAUGCUGCAGGCCAUCAUGAAGUCCAACCCUGCCAGUGAGUUCAUGUAUGUGGUGGACACACGGCCCAAGCUGAAUGCGAUGGCCAAUCGGGCGGCAGGAAAAGGCUAUGAGAACGAGGACCACUACACGAACAUCAGGCUGCAGUUCAUCGGCAUCGAGAACAUCCACGUGAUGAGGAGCAGCCAGCAGAAACUCAUCGAAGUCGGGGAUCUCCGCUCUCCCUCCAUGGGGGACUUCCUGUGGGGUCUGGAGAAUUCCGGGUGGCUGAAACAUAUUAAAGCAGUGCUGGAUGCUGGAGUCUUCAUCGCCAAGGCUGUAGCAGAGGAAGGGGUGAGUGUGUUGGUACACUGCUCAGAUGGAUGGGAUCGUACGGCUCAGGCCUGCUCGGUGGCCAGCGUGCUCCUGGACCCCUUCUACAGAAGCAUUAAAGGGUUUAUGGUGCUGAUAGAGAAGGACUGGGUAUCGUUUGGACACAAGUUCUCACACAGGUAUGCUCACCUGGACGGAGACCCUAAGGAGGUGUCCCCUGUGAUGGACCAGUUCCUGGAGUGUGUAUGGCAGCUGAUGGAGCAGUUCCCCUGCGCCUUCGAGUUUAACGAGCGCUUCCUCCUGCAGCUGCACACACACGUCCACUCCUGCCAGUACGGCAACUUCAUCGGGAACAGCCAGAGAGAGAGGCGGGACCUGAGGAUACGGGAGCGGACUCACUCGCUGUGGCCGUGUCUUUGGGAGAAAAGAUCCGAGUUUAUAAAUCCGCUGUACAGAUCAGACCACAGUCAGACUCAGGGGGUGCUGAGACCCCUGACCACGCCCUACUGCUUCAAAUUCUGGAAAGGCAUGUACAGUUCUGCAGAAAGGGGCAGGGCCUCGCAUCAGUCACCUUCUGAUUGGCUGACCGCCGUGAAGGAGGAGUCACAGCAGCUGGAGGAGGAGCUUAACACCCACCAGGAGAGACUUGCGCAGCUGCUAGAGAGCAAGAUGAGAACGAUGAAGAGCAGCGGCGCGACUGAACCUUCGUACCGGAUGCUGCCGAAAGAGAACGAGCGUCAGGAUUACAUCACCUGCAUGAGCCCUGCUGCCGGGACAGUAAACCACGCCCCCUCCUUCACUCUACCACUGACCCCCAAGGCCGCCGACGCCGACGAUCUUUCCGUCUGCAGCGACCUCGAAUCGGGUGUCGCCGACCUCAGUAGCCACGCCUCCAGCUCCUGCGACGACACAAAGGACCCUCAUCUGGACGAGGCGGCUUAUGCGAGCGCCUGACUGAAAAAAGCUGAUGAGUGGACGGUCAUCGGACGCGGUGUUUAUUUCAGUUCUUUGGUGCAGGAAUAGUAUUUUAAUUUAUUUAUGAAUUAUUUUAAAAUGACUGUAAAUAUUUACGAGCACAAACUUUUACCCUGACUGAUUUUAGAUCAAAAUCCUCAACGCAAUCAGUCUCAUGUAUAUGGAGAAUUUCCCAGAACCCCACAGUGUCGAAAAGAAUCAUUAUAAACCAUUAGAGAAGUCCAGUGUCUCCCAUUAACUGCAAUGGAAAGCUACAGAGAACCAACUGGAUUUUUAUUUUCUUCUCAGACCAGCCAGGACAUGGUGUUGAGUAAACUUUACAUCCUAGGUUUUGCUAAUAUUUAAGCUAAUACUGUAUAACCGACAUCUUUUCUGUAAACAGAUAUUACAUCACCUUCAUUUCCUCAGCAACAUCAUACAGAGAAACUAUAAAGAUGAAUUAAAUAACACUCUUUAACUUUAUAGGAGCGGCCAUGUUGGAAAACUGGACUUUUAUUUUAUCUAAAAAAAAAUGUGUUAGCGUCAACGCUAAAGUGGGGAACAGGUCUGUAUGAUUAGCGGGAAAAUGUGAGAAUGAAAGAGUCUGUAGUUAUGUUUCUCCAGCAGUCAGAAACUCACCAUUUUAGUCCUUGAACUUCUACCUUGAGAAAUGAAAUCCGGGUUUUACCCUGUGUGUGUGUGUGUGUGUGUGUGUGUGUGUGUGUGUGUCUCUAAACAGAAUUAGAGAAUUAGUUACACCUCCUUUGACAACAAUGUUUAAACCGCAGUGUCAUGCUUCACUUUACAUUUACGUGUGUGAGAUAAAAAGGGAACUGGUUAGACUGGGUUAACUGUUUAACUCUUUUAGUAAAUGAUCUGUUUAUCCUACAUUAGAGGUCCAACAUGUAGAUAGAAAAAGUUUGAAAGGCGUCAUGUAUUCAGUUCUUUUAGGUGCUGAGCUCCCAUCAUCGUCUGCAUUUCAGAUCUUAAUAUCAGAUAAUAUUACACACAAAUAUACACAUAACCACCAGAUUAUGUGUAUAUAUACCGCCAGUGUAUAUAUACACCAAACCAACCAACCAACCUACCCAACCAACCCUCCAACCCACCCUCCCUCUAACAAACCAACCAACCAAACCUCCAACCCACCCUAACAAACAAACCAACCCAUAAACCCACCCUUUAACAAACCAGUCAAACCCACCAUCCCACCCUCUAACCAACCAACCCACCCUUUAGCAAACCAAUCAACCAACCCACCCUCCCUCUAACAAACCAACCAACCCACCCUAACAAACAAACCAACCCAUAAACCCACCCUUUAACAAACCAGUCAAACCCACCAUCCCACCCUCUAACCAACCAACCCACCCUUUAGCAAACCAAUCAACCAACCCACCCUCUAACAAACCAAUGAACUUUCCAACCCACCCUCUAACAAACCAACCGACCACCAACUUCUCCCAGAAGGUGCACUGAGGGGCUACAAGCCUACAAGAGCACAGUUUGAAACUUGGAAACAUUCCAGCGUUUUCUACACAGGUGUACACACACUGCAGUGAUUUGGUUGUGAAACACUGAACGACAUCAGAAUAAAUUAAUAUAUACAA